UUACUUGGACUCAAUUUCUAAUGUUAAUUUUCUUUACUUGCAAUGACAAGUAUAAAGAGAGCACAUGUGAUCAAGUUGAUUGAUCCUGAAUUGAUUCUAACUCUUGAAAAAAGUUACAAUUCAAGAAAUUACGUUUAAAUCAGACAUGUCCAAAGUCCGGCCCGCGGGCCAAUCAUGGCCCGCAGUCAGAUUUCAUACGGCCCGCAGAUUCUAUCUCAUAAUGCGUUAUUUAUGGCUCGCUAGCUCUGUUAAAAUAAACCAUAGAAGUUAAAAAUGUAAUUCCUCCUUUUACCACUAGAUGUCAGCACCAUUCUAUGCUAUUUGCCUCUGCACCUGUGGCGGGAACUUUUCUCCGCUUAUUACUGCCAUGGCGACCGCAAAAAAAAAAGAGAAAAGUUGACAGUGAGGGCCGGCGCUUUCAGGAGCGGUGGGAAUUAGAAUACUUCUUUACUGAAAAUCGAGGCAAUUGUGUUUGUCUAAUUUGUAAAGAGACGGUUGCCUUGUUUAAGGAUUUCAACGUUAAGCGGCAUUACGAAACUAGACAUGCUAAAAUAUACGACAAGCUAACCGGGAGUGAGCGCGCUGAAAAAGUGAAACAACUUCAAGCUGCUCUAGCAUCACAACAGCGAUUCUUCACGCGGGCCUGUGAGUCAAACGAGAGCAUCACCAAAGCUAGCUACGAAGUGGCCAUGUUAAUUGCUAAACAUGGCAAACCUUUAACUGAAGGUACGUUUGUCAAAGACUGUAUUAUGAAAAUGGUGGAGAACAUUUGCCCCGAGAAAAAGCAAGAAUUCAUGAAUGUUUGCCUGGCACGAAACACGGUGGCACGGAGAGUUGAGGACUUAUCAUCAGAUAUUCUGAGACAGCUAGGGGACAGAGGAGUGGCUUUUGAUUAUUUCUCAUUAGCCUGCGAUGAAAGCACUGAUGUAUCUGACACUGCACAACUGCUGAUUUUUUUAAGAGGAGUUGACGACAACAUGAACGUGUCAGAGGAGCUGCUUGACCUAAAAAGCCUUAAAGGGCUAACCAGAGGAACGGAUUUAUUUGUUUCUGUUUGUGAAGCUGUCGAUGAUAUGAAACUGCCAUGGAGUAAAGUUUCUGGGAUCAUUACCGAUGGCGCACCUGCUAUGGCUGGUGAGCGAAGCGGAUUAUCCACUCUGAUCUGCAAUAAAGUCAGCGAAGAAGCAGGUAACGCUAUUAAACUUCACUGUAUCAUUCACCAGCAGGCUCUCUGCGCCAAACAUCUGAAAUUUGACGAUGUUAUGAAACCAGUGGCAAAGGUAAUCAACUCUAUUCGCUCAAAAGCUCUAUACCACAGACAGUUUCAGCAGUUUUUGCGUGACAUCCAAGCUGAAUAUGGUGACUUAAUAUAUUACAAUGAUGUGAGGUGGCUAAGUCGGGGGUCCGCACUGCAGCGAUUUUUCUCUCUCAAAGAGGAAAUAAGACAUUUUUUGGACGAGAAGGGUCAACCAAUGAAACAACUGUCCGAUCCUGUAUGGCUGGCAAAUCUGGCUUUUUUGGUUGACAUAACGAAGCAUCUGAAUGAGCUAAAUGUCAAUCUUCAAGGAAAAGAUGCAGUGGUAAGCCAGCUAUACGCUCACAUCAAGGCCUUUGGAAUCAAACUGCAACUUUUCCAAAGACACUUGUCCCUAACAGAGCCCUGCACCGCGCACUUCCCAGCUUUGAAAGAGGUCAUUGACAGUUUCCCACAGGACAAUAUCGAUGUGCAAAUGAAGGGUUAUGUGACAGCCAUCGCAUCUCUUUCUGUGGAAUUUAACAAACGCUUUCAAGACUUUGCAGUAAUUGAAAAGGACAUGCUGCUUUUCUCUUCUCCAUUAUCAGCGGACCCUGAUAAUGCUCCUCCACGGCUUCAGUUGGAGCUCAUUGAGCUGCAGUGUGACUAUGAGUGCCGCGGAAAACACCAGCAGUGUUCUCUUGUUGACUUUUACCGGCAGCUAGACAAAGGCAGGUUUCCUGAAAUGCGAUCAUUUGCUAAGAAAAUGCUGAGCUUAUUCGGCUCCACAUAUUUGUGUGAGCAAACAUUCUCAGUCAUGAACUUAAACAAGAACCGAUUGAGGUCAAAGAUGAGUGACUCCCACUUGCGUGACAUUUUACGCAUUUCAACCACUGCCAUCAAGCCGGACCUGGUCUCUUUACUAAAAUCUAGAUCUCAGUAUCACCCUUCUCAUUAAUAUCACGUGUUCACACAGCAAAAAGCCUAAAUCUCAUUAAUGCAAUGCACUAAAGCAAACUAAAGCAAGCAUAGUUUACUAUAUUUACUGUACAUCUGAGUUUAUUUCUUGUGGUGGCAAGUGACUUUCCCAGUUGUGGGAUUUAUAAGGUAGUUGGCUUCCUGAAAGAUCUUGUAAAAGGCAAGAGCAAAAUUCACUUGUUUUGAAAUUUAAUGAUAACAGACCACUUUGCAUUACUUAAAACGACUGAUUAAAAUGUUCAUGAGGCAAAUAUGGAAAUGUAAGGUAUUCUUUACAGUUUGUUAAAUUUUAUCUGACUCUCCAGAUAUGAAUGAAAGGCAGAAAUGUGUUUAAAGUUGUUCAUGCCUGCCUGAGUGGCUUAUAUUUGGUUAUAUUGCCAUUUGAAAAAUAAAGGUAAUUGUGACAAUAAAAAUUGUUUUAUAACAGUGUGUAUUUUAAUGUAACUUUUGUGGUGAAAAAAAUAUCAGAAGGAACUAUUGGCCCCCGUGCAUCUUCACUUUAUCAAAUUUGGCCCUCUUUGCAAAAAGUUUGGACACCCCU